UGGAGCAGCAUUAAGAAUAAUCAAUCAAAGCCUCGUCUGACGUAGGAAAACAGAGAAAACAGCUACAUGAUCGAGAACACGUUAGUAAAAGCGGCAAAACCAAACGCUAGAACACCAAUCAUGCAGUACAAGUACAGAAGAAUCUAAUUCUGUCACCCCGACAAAAGGCUUUGUCGGUGAUUUCCUUUCAAGGUUGGAUUCGCUUUUGGUUCCCCCCCGUCGCUCCUUCAAGCCAACCGGUGAGACGAGCGACGCUCAACCACCGCCUUUACCCGGUUAAAAGAUGUCUGUGGAAGAGCAACGUUAUCCCGAUGCGAUGCUGGUCACCGAGAACGGACCGGAGUGGAUGCGAGCCGAGAUCGAGCGUUUGUCUCGAGAGCUGAGCGAGACGACACACGAGAAGAUCCAGGCUGCCGAGUAUGGGCUUGCGGUUCUGGAGGAGAAACAGCAGCUGAAACAGCAGUAUGAAGACCUGGAAAUCGAGUACGAGACCGUGCGACAAGAACUGGACCAACUCAAAGAGGCGUUCGGACAGGCCCAUUCCAACCAUAAGAAGGUGGCAGCAGAUGGGGAGAGCAGGGAGGAGUCUCUGAUCCAGGAGUCGGCGUGUAAGGAGGCGUACUAUGAGCAGCGUGUGCAGGAGCUGCAGGCGGAACUGCGGCAGGCUCGCGCUGUGCUCACCAACACCCAAUCAGAGAACGAACGGCUCGCUACCAUCGCCCAGGAUCUCAGAGAGAGCAGUCAGAUGGCGGAGCUGCAGAGAUCUCGUCUCCGUGACGACAUAAAGGAGUACAAGUUCCGUGAAGCUCGUCUCCUUCAGGACUACAGCGAGCUGGAGGAGGAAAACAUCGCUCUUCAGAAGCAUGUGUCAGUGCUCAAACAGAGCCAGGUGGAGUUUGAGGGUCUGAAACACGAGAUUCGGCGACUGGAGGAGGACACCCAGUUCCUCAACAGCCAGCUGGAGGACGCCAUCCGUCUGAAGGAGAUCGCAGAGAGACAGCUGGGCGAGGCCCUGGAAACCAUCAAGACCGAGAGAGAACAGAAGGCUGCCCUGAGGAAGGAGCUGUCACAUUAUAUGAACAUCGGUGACUCCAUGUACCACACCCCCCUCAGCAUCUCUCUGGACGGCCUGAAAUUCAGCGACGACACAGUUAUCGAACCCAACAAUGACGAGUCUCUCCACGGAUACGAGAACGGCUUCAGCAAGAUCUCUAACAGCGACGACAACCGCGAGUCCACGCCCAAAAAGGGGGAGCUGUACCACCCUGCUCCCAGCCUCGUGAACGACCUGCUGAGUGAGCUCAACAUCUCCGAGAUCCAGAAACUCAAACAACAACUGGUCCAGGUGGAGCGUGAAAAGGUGACCCUCCUGUCCACCCUGCAGGACUCUCAGAAACAGCUGGAACAGGCUAACGGAGCGUUGUCUGAGCAGCACGAGAAGGUCAGCCGUCUGACGGAGAACCUCAACGCCAUGCGGAAGCUCCAGGCCAGUAAGGAGCGGCAGUCGGCCCUGGACAACGAGAAGGAACGCGACAGCCACGAGGACGCUGACUACUACGAGGUGGACAUCAACGGACCUGAGAUCCUGGAGUGCAAGUACAAGGUUGCGGUGUCUGAGGCCGGCCACCUGAAGGAGGAGCUGAAGACGCUGAAAGCGGAGUACUCUGCCUGCCAGGCCCAGUACGAGGACACGCGGGCACGCCUGGAGAGCCAGGUCCAGAAUCUGAGUGCGCAGCUGGCCUCGCUGGAGCAGAGCAGCCGCAGCGAGCGGGAGCAGGUGACCCGUCUGGAGCGGGAGCUGCGUCAGGCCAGCGAGGUGGCAGGGGAGUCUCAGGGCAGUCUGAGCGUCGCCCAGGACGAGCUGGUGACCUUCAGCGAGGAGCUGGCCAACCUCUACAACCACGUCUGCAUGUGCAACAACGAGACGCCCAACCGCGUCAUGCUCGACUUCUACAAGGAGGGCAAGGCGGGGGCUGGGCCCGCGGCCGGGCGGAGCAGCCCGGAGGGGCGUGGUCGACGUUCACCCAUCCUCCUCACCAAGGGGCUCUUCCCCGACCCCGCGGCGGCCAGGGUCGACUCCAGCAGCGACGGCAUCCCAUCCCCCGUGUCCUCCCCUGUGGCUGACCCACGCCGUGAGCCCAUGAACAUCUACAACCUGGUGGCGAUCAUCCGAGACCAGAUCCGGCACCUGCAGCUGGCCGUGGACCGGACAACGGAGCUGUCCCGCCAGCGUGUGGCCUCUCUGGAGCUGGGCCCUGGUAGCGACAGAGACCAGGAGGCCUGCGUGGAGGAGAUCCUCAAACUCAAGUCCCUCCUCAGCACCAAACGGGAGCAGAUUGCCACACUCCGCACCGUCCUCAAGGCCAACAAACAGACAGCUGAGGUGGCGCUGGCCAACCUGAAGAGUAAAUAUGAGAACGAGAAGGCCAUGGUGACAGAGACUAUGAUGAAACUGCGCAACGAACUCAAAGCCCUGAAAGAGGACGCAGCCACCUUCUCUUCUCUCAGAGCCAUGUUCGCCACACGGUGUGACGAGUAUGUGACUCAGUUGGAUGAGAUGCAGAGGCAGCUGGCGGCCGCGGAGGAUGAGAAGAAGACGUUGAACUCUCUCUUGCGUAUGGCCAUCCAGCAGAAACUCGCUCUUACACAGCGUCUCGAAGACCUCGAGUUCGACCACGAGCAGUCCCGCCGCGGCGGAGGCAACGGCCGCACCAAAGCCACCUCCACUCGCAACAAACCUGCCGCCAACUCCGCCCACACCAACUAAUGAACAGCCAGUAGUUGAUCCAGGAAGUUGUGAUACCAUCACUGCCGACACAUUUGGUCUGCCAAAACAGCUAACGAUUUAAAUCUCCAGGAAAGCCGUGAAGACAGCAAAAAAAAUUUAAUAACACUAAACUAAUUAAAGGACUUAACUUUUCUUAUAUAGGCAGAGCCAAGGUAAAGACAGGACAAUGUGAUCAUUCAGUAAAAACUAAGAUUUUUGGAUGGAUUUUUUUUUUUGAAAGAUUAGUUCCAAUAUUUGACGGAUGCAGGAAGCCAGUGCUCACAAGCAAGUGGUAAACUCCGCCCUUCUAGCUAAUCAUGGCUUAUGAUUGGCUAAGUCAACCAUCCAAUUAGAGUGGUGAAUUCAUUUAUCUUUUGGAAUUUUUUUCUCUUUUUGGGUUCGUCUGGGGCUUUUUGUUUUGUUUAUUUUUUACUUUACCAGUGCACUUUUAAUAUAGAAGUAUAUUGCUUUUACUAUUAAUGUAGGAAAGGUUUGUAGUGCUUUGGCGUGUGAGUCAACUCAAGUAUACGCGACACACAUAUAUACAUAUAUAUCUUAAUAGUAAUUGACGUAAUAUUCAUAAUAUUUACCCUCUGUGUACAAGCAACAGAGAUCCAUUCACUCACUUAUCCAAGUUCACAGUGCAAACCAGCGUCCUACUGUCCUCUGUCAAGUGGAUCCAAAAGCAUCCAUCCUUUUAUUCUAACCUUCGUUUAUGGUGUUGAUUAACUCUUUAGUUUUCAUAUGUUCUGCUGCCACAUUGUGAAAGAAAUCCUGGGUGUUUUGAUGCUGGGUUUUUUUGACUAUUUAUUAUUCUUAGGAAUAGUUCAAAGUGAACGGAGAAAAAUAAACUUGACAACAUUCUGGCUUAACAUGGUAAAGUAUGCCAGGGGAAAAAACAAAACCAAUGGAAUUGGAACAAAACAAACAGCAAAAACAAAACAAAAAAAAAAGAAAAAAAUAGGUAGGUUUGUUUUUUUCCUGGUUCCUUUACUCAAGCUUUCCUCCAUGGAUCACUGACUUUCGGAAUUCUCUGCAAGUGUAACCGAAUUAAUUCCAAAUUGGAAUGGUCUCAUUCUCUCUUUAUUUCCGUGCCAAAUCUUGGUACAUUAUUUAGAUUAGAUUUUUUUAAAAUGAGAAGAAAAGAAAGGAGGACAGAGAGACAUGGUAGGGGGUGUGAUUUACAGGGCCCCGCCCACCACAUACCGACCACUCACUUGCUUUGUUUGAUUUCUGUUCUUGGUUUUGACCAGUAGUGCCUUCCAUUAUUUCAAGAGAGAAUAUUCUAGUUUAGCGUUUAUUCAUUCUGUUUUGUUUUGGUUUUUUUUCAUUCUGUUUUUACUGUUUGAGAAGACGACUCGCAAAGGAAUCUUAGCACAGACGAACGUGAGACACAGCAAUAAGCGAGAAGACACUCCCUCUUUCUGUUUUUUUUUUUUUUUUUCUUUAAACAAGAGCUUGUGCCAUUAACUCUUUCAGUAAGCUGAAUUACACAUAUGUUGCACUGAAUUCUCAACGUCAGUGAUCCUAGAUGCUAAUUCAGGGGUUCUAGCUAAAAUAUGUUUUUUGUUUUGUUUUUUUUUUUAAUCAAGUGGUGGGAACCAGUGUGAAUCCUUAACCUCAGUAGAGACAGAAGCGUGUGAGACAGAACAGUGUACCUGUCUGUGGUGAGCUGUCGCAGUCUCAGGCGUUCAUUAGAGCUUUGUAUGGUCAAAAGUAACGUGGUAUCAGUAGUGUUGUUGACAAAUGUGCGAAAGAGCUUGUCCUCUUUUUGUCCACUUCAAAUCUUGUUUUGCUUUUUUUAAUCCUUGAAUCUUUUUUUACAUCAUCUUUUAAAACAUCGCUGUGAUUUCAGGAAACAGAAAACACGUUUUUUUUGUUUUGUUUUGUUUUUUGCAUCAACAAACCUGAACUGUGCCAUUGAAGUCACGGCUCGUUUGUUGAGGCUUUAAAAUGAUUCAGUGAAGUUGGAUGAACUUUUAAAGAAAAAGAAAGGAACGAAAAGAGAGAACAGAAAUUAAGUGCAAUUCUAAAUGCUGAUUUACAGUGAAUAUUGAGAAAAAAAAAGAAGUUUUCUGUUUGCUGGAAGAGAUAGCAUUGUGGUAUUCAAUUAGCUGCGAAAAAAACCUUUAUAUUGUCAUAUUGCGUUUCAGUAUUGAAUCUGAAAGGAGUGUUUGAUACCUUUGUAUGAGUAAUGACUUUCAUCAUUAUGUUGGUAUUUAUUUUAAAUGUCCUGCAGUACUGUAUUCUUAUCAAUAACGUGCAUUAUGAUUAAUGACAAAAAAAAGAAAAAGAAAAAAAAGUUUUAAGGUCAUAUGCAUGUGCUUCGGUCUUGGGACUUUUACACAGAACUGAAAACAAACCUAGAACUUUAAAAGAGGUUAAAAAAAAAAAAGAUUAAAAAAAAGAUGAAAAAAAAUAAGGAAGAGAGAGAAAUGAGAUUAGCUAUUAAUGAAUUUGUUACUGCUGAACUAACCCAGUAAAGUGUUGUUUUGUUUUCUGUAGAGUGUUACUCGGUCUGUGUAAAGGUAGCCAUGCAAGUUCAAAUCAAUAAAUGGGAGAUAA